AUGUUUGUAAUUUCAGGUGAAAGUAUUGUGGUAUGUAAUAAGAAUCAGCUAGAUUUAAUACAACGAGUUAUUCGACAAAAAGCAAUUUUCGCUCGUAGAUGUGAAGUUCGAAGACGACGAAUUAAGUUAAUUAUUGAGGCAAUAUGCAGUGGUCUUUGUGAAGAUGAAAAUGAUCUGGAAAAUUUGCUUUCAUUAUUGUUUUUUGAAAGACAAUUAACGAUAAAGGAUGAGCUCAAUUUUCUCAUUGAAAGAAAAUUGAUUUGUUAUCAGAAAGGGCUACGUGGGACUCAGUUAGGCCGAGCCGUAUUCGUAUCAUCAUUAUCACCUGAUAUUGCAUUGCAAGUUUAUGACGAUCUUGAAAAUGCGAUGCGUUCUUUAGCUCUAGAUACCGAGCUUCAUUUACUUUACUUGGUUACGCCACUCCAUAAUGAUUCCAUCUGGAUGAAUUACAUUGAUUGGAAUGUUUACUAUAACAUUUGGUCUAAAUUACCUAUCAAAUUACAAAGAGUGGGUAAAAUGAUUGGUAUUCGUGAUAGUUUCAUUCUUGGAAAGAUUCAAGGCAGACAAGCGACUGAAAUAGGAAGUAUGCAGAUACAUUUACGUUUUCUUUCUGCAUUGGCACUUUUCGAUUUAAUAAGAGAAAGUCCACUGAGUGAUGUUGCUCGACGUUUUCGUAUCAAUCGUGGAGCUUUGCAAACCUUACAACAGCAAUCAGCAACAUAUGCCUAUAUGGUUGUAACAUUUUGUGAAAAACUUGGUUGGAUCUAUUUACGAAGUGUAUUAGAUGGAUUUUCCGAACGGUUAACAUUUGGUGUUCGUAAAGAUUUGACGGAAUUGGUUCAAAUUGAAGGAAUUGACGGUACAAGAGCUCGAGCAUUCCACAAUGCUGAUAUUACAACAGUUCCUGCGUUAGCUAUUACUUCAACUGACAAUAUUGUAAAAAUUUUACGAUCUGUGGUUCCUUAUGUCAGGCGUGAUAAUAAUGAAGGAUUGAAUCGUUGGCUUGCUGGAGAAGGUUUAAUGACAGACAUUGAAGCGGCUCAAAUAUUAAUUCAACGUGCCCGUCUAUAUCUUCAAUCUUCUCUUAGAGCUGUCGGCAUAUUCUCGGACAUCAAAAUUGAUUCUUUAUUUUCCACGGUGACAUCAAUUUGUGAAACAACUAAUCAUGAUGCCAGUAAAUAUGAUAAUAAUAUGGGUCCUAAUUCUGUUCACUCAAAUGUUGAAAUUACUUCGUCUAAUUUCUUUGUGCAUGAAAAUUUUCCGAUCACAAACACCUCUAAAAAUUCGAAAGAACAAAAUACGGCAAGCACUCAAAGUUUAACCCAAACAUCCGAAGUAAUUGAAAAACGACCACCGAAAAUGAAAUUGCCAAAAAGUGAUAACUCGGAUGAGCUGAAGCAAGAUGUUUUCCACGAUCAUUCAGCAACUAAUGAAGAGAAUUUAGAUAUUACGAAUAAGUUGGACGCGGAUAAUGUUGAGGAAUUAUGCAUGGAUUUUGCCCAUACUUCGAUGUCGGAUGAAACACUGUUACGUUUUGCCUGUAGUCAGUAUUCCGGUAAAUUUGAUCAACUAACUCAAGCACUAGAUGCUAUUACUAUUCUAGCUAGCAACGAAAAAUUUGAUGAAAUUAAUUCAAACGAACAGCAAGAUGAACUUACUAAUUUGGAAAUAUUUGAAUCAUUGGAUAUUUUUAAUUCGAAUUCUGUUAAAAAUGAAACGGAAAUGAUUGCAACAGCGACAGCAACAUCAAUAGCUACUCUUGGAAUGCAAAAUGAUAAUGCACAAGAAGAUGAAAAGAAUUAUUUUCUGAAUUCUAAAUUGAAUAAAUCAUUCGUAAAUCAAUUUAGCGAAUCGUUAUCAACAGCUGAAUGUGUGAUGUCACAGCAGAUAACUCUUGGAAGGAUUAAAGAAGAAAAAGAAAUUGUUGUAAAUUCGGAUGAAAGUAUUAGCAAUCGAUCAAUUUUUGAUCAUAGUAACGAUUUGUUUGAUCGAACAUUUUGUUCAUCAAUUAGUUCACACUCAUUUAAUACACCACAAAAUUCAUCAUAUUGCAUGAAACGUAUCGAUCGACGAUCUUCAAUUAAUCAGUCUCCAAGAUCACCAAGUUUCCAAAGCCCUUUACAUAAAAUAUUGAAAUUUGGAUCACCUUUUGCUGGAAAAGAAAUUAAACUCAAUGAAAAUAUUAAAAACGAUAUUGAACAUUUCGACAAUAAUCAAACAAAAACUGCCGAAUUUCAAAUUAUAGAUGUUUGCGGAUCUCGUACAGCAUGGGAACAAUUCUUGAUACGGCAAAAAUAUUGGAGUCAAAUUGGUUUAGGUGUUGCUAUAUGCAAGAGAGAAAUAAUUGGGAUAACUUUAUGUGCGUUAAAUGAAGAAUGUAUUUAUAUUGAUUUAAGGCGAAAGGGUAUUUCUGAAAUUGAAAUUGAAAUUGACGAACGAUUAGAAGCAUUGGAUAAUAUACUAAAAUCUAAACAGCAAAAAUACAUCUAUGAUUUACUAUCAUUUUCACGUUCAUUACGAUAUCUUCAGGGUGCAGACUGCCCAGUUUCACUGUUUAAUCACUGUAUUUGUAUACAAACGCUUUCAUACUUAGCCCAUUAUCGUACAAAUGAUGAUUUCGCACUACCGUUUGAGGAUUUAGUUUCACAUCUUACUUCUCCGGAACGUGCAGCAAUUUUGAGAAAUGCUACACCACGAUUGCGAGCAGCAAUUAGCGCAUUUAUAUGCUUGCAUAUGCAUGAUGAUAUGAUGUCUGCUGCUAUUCGAUUGUCCUCUGCUAAAUCUGUGGAAUUGGAAUUGCUAUCAGUUGUUUUGUUCAGUGAAAUAGAAACUACGGGUAUAUCUUUCGAUGCGAAUGAAGCUGAAACUCUGAAUUCUAAGCUUAAACGAAAAUUGACGGAAAUUGAAACAAAUGCUUAUGAUAUCGCGGGAAUACCAUUUAAUUUUGGUUCAGCAGCAGAAAUUUCUCAGGUUCUUUUUGUGCGCAUGCAAAUUCCGCCACCGAAUGCAUCUACUGGUCGACAUUAUUCGACCAAUAAAAUUGCCUUGCAGCAGCUAGCUCCAAAGUAUCCUCUCAUAAAUUUAAUUUUGAAGUGGAGACAAGUGAAUACCGCUUUAACGACAUCUUUGCCAGCACUGUUAAAAUCAUGCUCUCCUGAUGGACGAAUUCGUUCUAAUUUCAUAAUACAUUGUUGCACUGGUCGUGUCUUAACAGCAUAUCCAAAUGUGCAGAAUGUGCAAAAAGAUGCAAUCAUAGAUGAUUUUUCCAUCCGAUCACUGUUCAUCGCUCCGGAAGGUAGAAUUCUAUUAUCGUCUGAUUAUCGACAGUUAGAAAUUCGCAUGUUAGCACAUCUAUCAGCCGAUCCUCAACUCAUAUCACUGUUUUUAGCUGAGGGUGAUUUUUUCGAAAUUAUUACGAAUAGGUGGAAUGCUAACGAAAUGCUACAUAUUAAAGUAGAUCGGGACAAAAUAAAGAAGCUUUGUUACGGUAUUAUCUACGGUAUGGGUGCCAUAUCACUGGGUAAGGAAUUGGGUAUACAAAAACAACAUGCACAACAAAUGAUCGUAUCUUUUUUCCAGCAAUUUCCAAAAGUGCGAACAUGGAUGGAUAAAAUAUUAGCAUUAUGCCGGGCUAACGGAUUUGUGAGUACCAUGUUAGGUCGUCGACGAUUUUUACCUCAUAUAACCGGUAUGGUACAAGCACAAUCAGCUCAAGCUGAACGACAAGCUAUCAAUACUUGUAUACAGGGUUCGGCAGCCGAACUAUUCAAAAUGGCGUUGUUGAAUUUACAGAAGAAUUUACUAGGCACUAAUUCAUUUAUCGUCAUGCAAAUGCACGAUGAAAUAUUGGUGGAAACGGAUGAAAGUUCAGUAGCUUCAAUUGUUAAAAUUAUCAAACAUUCCAUGAUAUCAGUUAUUCCAAAUUUGCGAGUUCCAUUAGCAGUUAAGGUUUCAUUUGGAAAAAGUUGGGGGGAAUUUCAGGAAUAUGCUGAAACUAAAACUUGA